UUGGCAGUUCAGACAUGAGACAAAUAAAAACACAAACAUCUCACCAUAUAAUUUGUGUUACAGCGUAAAUUAAAUACACCAAAAUAUAUCUGAAACUAAAAUAAUAUAUUUUUGACAAAGAUUAUGGCGAUGCAGUGCCAAUUAUGGAUGGGCAGUUUGGAGCCAAACAUGACCGAAAGCUUCAUAAUGGCUGCGUUUCAUCGUAUGGGACAGCGUCCACUUGCUGUUAAGGUUAUGCGAAACAAAUUCUCAGGUGAACCGGCUGGAUACGCUUUUGUUCAUUUCCAGACAGAUGAAGGAGCAAUGGAUGCUAUGCAUAAACUUAAUGGUAAACCAAUUCCCGGAACAUUUCCUGUAGUGCGCUUCCGACUGAACACAGCUUCAAGAGAGGCACGAGCAAAUAUGCAACAAGAAAGAGAGUUCUCAGUAUGGGUCGGUGAUCUUAGUCCGGAUGUAGAUGAUUACUCUCUGUACAGAGUAUUUGCAGCAAAGUAUUCAUCGAUAAAAACUGCUAAAGUAAUACUAGAUAGUUCAGGUUAUACAAAAGGGUAUGGAUUUGUCAGAUUUGGCAAUGAGGAUGAACAACGUAAUGCUCUCUAUGCAAUGAAUGGAUACACAGGUCUAGGAACUAAACCACUUAAGAUAUGCACAGCAGUGCCUAAGCCAAAAGGUGCAACUACCACACAAAUGCCUACUACUCCUGUGACUACUACCGCAACAUACAGCAGUGGGACGGAGUACAAUCAUUACUAUGAUCCAUCAGCCUAUUGGCAAAAUUACUCAGCAUGGUCGGGAUACUAUGGGCAAGGCGACCAGAGUGCAGCUGUGCAGACAACACCGGUCGUUGACACAACACAAGCAGCAGCCCUCAAAGCACAAAAUGAUGAUUUGGCACUUGUUGAUCAUAAAAAAAUUAUCGACGUAGAUCAGAUGAAUCAAGAUUUCCUAGACCCUGAAUUGUCGCUAUGGGAUGCGCUUGAAUCUUCACAGUGGUUUCCUCAUGAAAUUAUAGAAGCUCAUUAAUAAUAGUGUUGUAUAUAUAUAUUUUUAUAAAUAAAUUAUUCUAAGCUGCA